UUAGUAAAUACACGCUGGAUGAAUGAAAGAAAAUGGCGACACAUGUUUCUCCACAAUAGUUGUCGGUAGAUCACAAAACUCCCUGCUAAAACCACUUUAUGAAAGUUUUGCCACGUGUUCUGCCUGAUCAUAAGAAAGUAUUUACAACGUUCCAUCACAUUUUGCCGCUCAUAUCUUCUCUGAGGCUUCUACUUUCGCAAGAACAACUAAAACAUCGAAAAUGUACGAGGACAUCACUGAAUCUGAGGAGAGCGAUCUGUGUGACUGGCAGUUACCGCUUGCAUACAUGAAGAAACGGCACACUGACCCGAUUGAAGGAAGCAAAACAGAAACACAAACAUGGCGAAUGAAAGAACGGAUGAAGACAGUGAGUGUAGCUCUGGUGAUUUGCCUCAAUGUGGGAGUGGAUCCACCUGAUACAGUCAAAACAUCACCAUGUGCAAGGCUGGAAUGCUGGAUAGACCCACUUGCCCUUAGCCCGUCCAAGGCUCUUGAGGCCAUAGGAACCAGUUUACAGAAGCAAUAUGAAAGAUGGCAGCCUCGGGCUCGUUACAAACAGACCCUUGACCCGACUGUGGAUGAAGUGAAGAAGCUAUGUACCUCCCUCAGACGUAACGCCAAGGAGGAGAGGGUUCUCUUUCACUACAACGGCCAUGGGGUACCAAGACCAACUACUAAUGGGGAGGUCUGGGUUUUCAAUAAGAAUUACACCCAGUACAUCCCACUAUCUGUGUAUGACCUCCAGACAUGGAUGGGAAGUCCUUCUAUCUUUGUGUAUGACUGUUCCAAUGCAGGACUCAUACUGGAAUCCUUUGAGCAGUUCUCCAUACAGAAGGAACAGGACAGAGAGUUGGUACAGAUGAACCCCACCCCUAUAAACAGAUCACAGGUGCCCUUACCUCCUCCAGCAAAGAAUUGUAUCCAGUUGGCAGCAUGUGGCUCCAAUGAACUGCUUCCUAUGAAUCCAGAGCUUCCAGCUGAUCUCUUUACAGCAUGUCUCACCACGCCCAUCAAGAUAGCAUUAAGAUGGUUUUGCUUUCAGAGGAGUAGCUACUUAGUGCCAGGGGUCACACAAGAACUUGUAGAUAAGAUUCCAGGGAGAUUAAAUGACAGGAGAACACCACUAGGGGAACUUAACUGGAUCUUUACUGCUAUCACAGAUACCAUAGCAUGGAAUGUUUUACCAAGAGAUUUGUUCCAGAAACUGUUCAGGCAAGACCUGCUUGUAGCCAGUCUGUUCAGGAAUUUCCUCUUGGCGGAAAGAAUUCUUCGUACCUACAACUGCACUCCAGUGUCUAGUCCAAGGCUGCCACCCACGUACCAGCAUCCCAUGUGGCAAGCAUGGGAUCUAGCAGUGGAUGCCUGUCUCUCCCAGCUACCAGCCCUAGCCAAAGGUGCCGAGUACAAGCACAGUCCGUUCUUUGCUGAACAACUCACAGCUUUCCAGGUAUGGCUUGGUAUGGGGUCGGAGAGAAGAGAACCACCAGAACAACUCCCAAUAGUGCUACAGGUUCUGUUGAGUCAAGUACAUAGAUCCAGGGCUUUAGACCUCCUUGGUCGGUUUCUAGAUCUAGGGCCAUGGGCUGUCAGUCUGGCAUUGUCAGUGGGUAUCUUCCCUUACGUUCUAAAGCUUCUUCAGAGUUCAGCCAGGGAGCUGAGACCACUCCUAGUCUUCAUCUGGGCAAAGAUACUAGCAGUGGACAGGUCUUGUAAAGCUGAUCUAGUGAAGGACAUGGGUCAUAAAUACUUCCUCUCAGUUUUAGCAGAUCCUUACAUGGUGGCUGAGCACAGAACGAUGGCUGCCUUUGUGUUGGCGAUGAUUGUUGAAGAUUAUCAAAAUGGACAGGAAGCAGCUUUCCAAGGUAAUGUUAUAGCCAUCUGCCUGGAGCAGCUGAAUGAUCCCCACCCUCUUCUCCGUCAAUGGCUAGCCCUAUGUAUAGCCAGGGUAUGGACCAAUUAUAAUGCAGCCAGGUGGUGCGGUGUCCGAGACAGCGCUCAUGAGAAACUAUACAAGCUACUCAGUGACCCUAUACCAGAGGUUCGGGCUGCUGCCACGGUAGCAUUAGGUACAUUCAUAGGCAAUGGAACGGAUAGGACGGACCAUGCCAUGACUAUCAAUCAUAAUGUAGGAGUAACGUUACUAUCAGUGGUCAAUGAUGGAAGUGCAAUAGUUAGACAGGAACUCGUGGUGGCGCUCUACCAGCUAAUCAAGCAGUCGGAGACCCAGUUUGCCACCAUAGCCCGGCAGCUGCUGGAUGAGGAGCAGAGCUCGGACGAGAACCUGGCACCUCGCAGCGCCGCUGUCACGUCUGGUGGGUGGCUUGUGGUCCAUGACUCUCUCAAUUCAAAUGACCAAAUCCGUCGUGCCUCAGUGGCAGUCAUGAGCAGUAGCAGCAGCCGGAAGUCCAUCACUCUCCUCCCCCGAACAUCCAGUGGGAACAACCUCCAGCACCUCAAUGCAGGUUCUACCAUGGCAAGAUCACCAUCAAGUAGCGGUUCUUCACCGGGCAGUGGGGACUUUCUCAGUAUUCCAGGUGCUACUCCAAAACUACCAAGAGUGCCAUCAACCUCCUCCUUGACGUCCAAUGUCUUUGUUCAGAUCUGGAGGGUCAUUUUACUCUUGACCCAUGACCCCCAUCCAAAGGUCAAGGAUUUAGCCCAGACCCUGGUCAAUGCUAUCAACCUCAAGGCAACCAUCUCGGCCAAACCUCAGCUGGUGAGAGAUAGCAGAAAGACAAGCUCUGCACCGUCUAGUCCUACCAGGAACUCCCAGUCAUCUCCACCACAAGAUAUGAGUGAUUCACCACCCCUGAACAUCCCCAAUGAGAUAAUGAGACCCGUCCCCAUCAAACCCUGGGAGCAACCUCCGCCGGAGAGGCCUCAGAACCCUGGGCCUAUCGAUGCCCAGUACCCUGGCCCUUCACCUACCCUCCACUCACAGCGAUUCACAAGGACUAGGAAACUACACGACAGGGGACCAAGUGUAACAUAUGAGGAGGUUGAGGAUGUGCUGACAACCAAGAAUCUUAGCAUUACUACAGAAUUCACUGAUUGGUGUUGCAAGUAUUUUGCUCAGUCAGUCAUGAAGGCGCCGGAAGAGAUGGAUCCGUUCAGUGGCUUACAUCACAUGAGAGAAUGGAGGUUUGUACGCAACGCUAGGAUACGAAAUGAAACGAGGGAACAACUCAAGAAAGCCAAUUCUUGCCAUUUAGAUGACCAAAUCUUUAUCAAUAAGAACUCUGCUGUCCCUUACGUAGUUAAAUUCCAUCCAUUCAAUCCCCAUGCUAUCGUUGCUGAUAGAGAAGGUGUAUGUGUAUGGAACUGGGAGAGCGGUGAAAGGUUAAACUACUUCCUCAACAAGAACCCGAAGCAUACAAAGAUUACCUCAAUGGAUAUACUCAACUCACAUGAUCUAGCAUUAAUAAUGACUGGAGUAGACGAUGGAUCGGUUCGUAUAUGGAGGAAUUACUGGACCCCUGAGGGCAAACCUGUUGAGCUGGUCACAGCGUGGCAAGCCUUGUCUGAUAUGCUAGUAUCAAAUAGAGGAUCUGGAUUAGUUCUAGAUUGGGAGCAGGGAUCCGGGAUGCUUCUAGCCUCAGGUGACGUCAGAACGAUACGGGUCUGGGAUACUCAGAGAGAACUCAAACUACAGGAUAUACCCACUGGAGCUGAUAGCUGUGUAACAAGCCUUGCGUGUGACUCUGUUGGACGGUCUUUACUUAUAGCAGGGUGCGGAGAUGGAUCGGUCAGGCUCUACGAUAGAAGGCUAGCACCGCAAGAAUGUCGAGUGAUGACGUUACGAGAACACCAAAGCUGGGUGUCCAACGUUCACCUGCAGAAAGGGGCAGGAGAUGGCAAGAUCAUCAGUGCUGGUCUUGGAGGUGAUGUGCGGUUUUGGGAUCCUCGAUUCACCGAGUCUGUGAAGGUAGUCAACACAGCUCCAGAUCUUAAUACCAUGGCUGUUCAUCCACAUGCUGGAAUCUUUGCAUGUGGUUACAAGAACCAACAGAUCAAUGUGUACAACACAAUGGGCGAUACACUCAGCACAAUCAAGUACUAUGAAGGAUUUAUAGGACAGAGGAUUGGACCAGUUAGUACUCUUGCCUUCCACCCUUACAAGCUUCAUCUAGCAGCUGGUUGCCGCGAUUCCUUCCUCUCGAUCUACUCCACUGACAAGAAGAGAUAACCCAAACAUCCAUCGUUCACACCCAGCCACAUUUCAUGUUGGAAUCGUGUCUUUGAGAUCUAGCAUUGUCUGUCUUGUACUGAUGUCUGGAUUCUUCAUGCCCAAAUGAUAAUGUUACCCAGGAAAAGUGCACAAAACUGAUUGUUUCCUCUAACUCUUUUUGUGUUUGUUCUUGUUUCCCGUUUAAAAAUAUACAAGCAGUAAUUUUUUACCUCUACGAGUAAUUUCAAUGUCAUUUUGUUAAUACCUUAUGUGACAUUUGGAAGUAGCUUGAUGAUAUCAACUAUAACAUGUCAAAUUGACACAUGGCACAGAGAAAAAAAAACAAAUACAGUUCAUCUAUACAUGUAGAAAAAAUAUUCAGAUUUUUUUUCAAUUGGCCGUUACAUUACUUAUAAGAAUGAAAAGUUUCUGCUUCUAUAUGCCAUUUAAUACAUCUAAAUGAUGUUUCUAAGUGCUUUACAUAUAGAAUAUUACUCUGGGUAAUGAUUUCUGGCAAGCUAACACAAUGUAUGCACCUCUUCCACUCCCUGAGUAGUAAUUCAGCACGACAGCCCAGACUCCAUUGCUUCGCAUACUCCAUUCGCAUUCGCAUCCUACAGGGUGGCGAAGUGUAGAUUGGUGCAUAGUCAGAGGAUGCUAGGCCAAGGUGGGAGUCAAACAUGUGACCCUCUUAUUACUAAUUUCUUAUAGGUAGGAAUGGAUGGGUAUUACACAAGUAAGAUUACCGUUCAAUGGGAUGAGAGAUUGAGAUACAGUCGAUUAUACCUUGGUGCAUCACAGUAGGCAUGACGUAUACAAAACUUAGAGAGGAGAGUUUUGUGAAAGUGUUCAAGUAUGACCGUGGAUUGACUGUCCAGACAAAUUUUUUUAGUGUCCAACUUACAUAGGUUUGUUGGUGUAAAUGAAAGGUAGACUGACUGUAUUUUAGCUGUCGUAUCCCGGGAAGGGUUAAGGUUGAUUGAUUUAUCAGUAUUCACACUAAAGGAUAAAGAAAAAUGUUUCUGAAGAGUGAACAAUAAUAGUUGGUAGUCGGGUCUCUACAACACAUGUCAUCACUUUCGUAGUAUGAGAAAAAGAUGUCAAUACAAAUAAAUAGUGUGAACAGACCCUUUGACUUUUCAGUUUGUGUCGGUACAAGAAUGCCCUUAACACCACACAUUCAUGCAUCGCAUCCGCGCAAAAACGCCAUGAGCAGCAUGCAUAAGUGCACUGUGUAAGGGUGUUUCUGCACCUAUGUGGUGCACAAAAAUGUUCUGCGAAGUGCGUUCUAGCACCGACAUGACGAUUCAGUCAGAGUUUCCAACAGUAGGAUCGAACAAAGAUAUUAGUCUGAUCAGAGUUUAGGGCCAUAAUGGGUUUCUAAUGUACACUGAGAUAUACCAUAGACACAAUAUAUGUUCUGCACUGGAGGUAUCAUGCUACAGUAGGCUUGUCUAAGGUCUCUCAUUUAGAGGGUCAUGGGUUUGAAUCCUACCCCAGGCAUUGAUUUCCUUUAGAAACAAAAAAGGAAUCACAUUGUGCUACACUUGGUCAACCCAGAUGAGAAAUGGUUGCCUGGCAGAAUUUAUUCCCUGUAAAGCAGAAGAGUGUAAUACAUGUAGCUGCUCUGCUGAAGCCAUGUUAAUUUUGUUGAAUGAUGAUCGAGUGCUUAGAAGCUUCAGAUUAAGCAAGUGUUAAGAACUAUAAACAUGACUUUGUCAAAGUAGAAUUUAUAUAACACAUGAUUUACCUAAUCAAAUCUUGUACCUUUUAGUGGUUUACCCCCAAAGUCAUGCAUCAGAAAGUUCUAAUCUGGGGCCUGUAACACAAAACUUAGCAAUGAUCGUAGAACAUUUUUCUAUGAUUGAUUCCAUAGACUACAAUGUACAAUAAAUCGUAAAGAUCAAGCGUACGAUCAAUUGCUAACCUUUGUGUUACGGGACCCAGGUCUAAAAAAUUGUUUUGACCUAGGAGAAUAUAUUCCUCUAUACAGAAGGUUGACUUAGGCAA